AUGUUCAAGCGGCUGAGCAAGGCGCAGGCGCUCCGCGAGGAGCUCGGCGAGGAGACGGAGGAGACGGGUCCCGUCACCAUCGAGACGGCCCUGGACGAGGAGAGUGCGAGUGAGGAGGAGUUUAGCGAUGACGAUGACGACGACAAUGACGAUGAUGAGGAAGACGAGGAGGGCGACGACGAUGAAGAGGACGAAGGCGACGUACAAUUCACCGUCCGUGAUGCGCUCGAGAGCCCCAUCUACCUGGACGACGAGGCACCCGGACGCGCCGAGAUUUUCCGGUGCGUCGCAUGCCCGAUCGUCAUGCUAAAGAACGACAAGGCCAUUGAAGUGCAUGCCGAGAGCAAGAACCACAAGCGGCGGUUCCACCGUUUUGUCGAGUUUGCGCAUGCCGAGUCAGAGCGCGAAGGCGACCGUGUGAUGGCGCUCGACCCCCGCACGCUUGCCGACCUGCUCGAGGACGAGCGGCGAGCUGAGGAGAAGAAAGCACCGGCGAAGCGCAAAGAGCCGUCGAGCACCGACCACGUCUCGCGUGUCGAGCGCCGCAAGCAGCGCCGUGCGGUCCGCAAUGAGAAGCGUGCAGGCCUCCAGGAGGCGUACGCCAAGCGCAUGGAGAAAGAAGGUGGCGCGUCUACCAAGUAG